AUGAAUAAGAACUAUGCACAAGUUGAAUGCCAGGAUUAUAUAUUCAAAACAAUCGAUAGUCUUGAAGAGCGACUUUCUGCUUUGGAAUCUAAUAGAAAUGCAUGUCCAGCAUGUAGUGACUGUGCUGAUAUAAACACAAAAUACAAUGACCUUAAAGUUGAAAUGGGUCAAGUUACGAAUACUGUAAAUAACUUGAAACUGGAACUGAAUCGGUUGCAGGCCUCGGAAACUAAAUCCACACAAAUAUCCACACCAUCAGGUUCGCAAAACGGAAAGGAUCCACAAACGUCAAAGUUGAUUGUGGCUUCAUCAACUGUACAGCACAAUUCGACUCCCUCAAGAAUGAUAUUUAACACUUCACAACCGACAGUUAGUAUUUCGCCAGUCACAUUUCCAGGUACAACAAUGGGAACUGUUUUGCCAGUUACUUCCACGAUAGCUUCUACGUCAACUGAAACGUUAUCAACUACAACCAAAACGACAUCACCAACUACCUCGUCGAAAACAAUGUCAACUACAACCAAAACAACAUCGCAAAACACCUCGUCAGCUAUUUCUGCAACUGCCUUCACCCUUCGAGCAGGGCCACACCACGACUGUAAAGAUUUCGGAAGAAAUGGACAUCAUAGAAGUGGUUUGUAUGACCUUAGUUUACCAAAUGGUAAGCAAAUAACAGCUUAUUGUGACCUACAAAAUGAUGGAGGUGGAUGGAUUGUAAUACAGAGACGAGUAGACGGUAAACAGAGUUUUAAUCAGAAUUGGAACCAAUAUAAAGCAGGGUUUGGAAAUCCUUUACACGAAUUCUGGAUAGGCAACGAAAACCUGCAUGCUUUAACAAAUGGGAAAGAUGUGAUUUUACAUAUCAAGAUGAUGACAUGGGAUGGGAAAAACUAUACGGCGGUUUAUAGUGGUUUCCAUGUAGGAAGUGAGCAAGAAAAGUAUAAACUGAAAAUUCAACAAAUGAUUUCUGGCGAUGCAGGAGACUCUUUUAAAUAUCCAUCAUCUUACAUGUUAAGACACAAUAACAUGGCCUUUAGUACACCAGAUCAUGACAAUGAUGUCAGCUUUCAGAACUGUGCCAAGUUACUACAGUCUGGUUGGUGGUUUAACCAGUGUUACAGUUCCAAUUUGAAUGGAGUAUAUUUGACUGGACCAUAUGGCCACAGAACUUAUGGUGAAUCUUUUGGACAGCCAACAACAGAAGGCACAGGAAUAGAGUGGUAUCCACUAAAACAAAAACAGUACUCACUGAGAUAUGUUGAAAUGAAAAUAAGAGCAAAAUAAAAGUUAUUUCAUAAAACUGUUUUUUCUUUAAUUUUUCACUGUGCUGCUAUCAUAUGGUAUA